UUAUUUUCACCCUGAUGGUCAUUCUAAUGCCUUUAUGGUUUAUCGAAAAUUGUUUGUUGAAACUGCUCGAUCAAGUUGUUAUAACUUGGCAAUGAAUAUUAUCUCUAAUAUUAGAAUUCCUAAAACUGUGAAAUCUGUCAAUAAAUCCAAAAAAUAUCAACAACUUGAAUCACCCAUAUCUGAAUUUCAAGCUACUCCUAAUAGCGAUUUAUAA